AUGUCGAGUUUCAGGCGAUUUUCCGAUGGCCGCCGGCGAGGAGGAGCUCUUCAGAAGCCCGAACAAAACGAGAAGCCCAAUUUUGUACGGACAUGCAACCUCUUGAGUAAAUACAUCAAGAAAAAAAGAAGCCUUCGAGAUUUCCACAUUGAAAUUGGUGACAAAAUUGAGAGCCUCCAAGAUAUAAUCAUGAAGCCCGGGUCAAAUCAGGCUGAAUCAGCUUCAACAACAAUGAAAACAGUGAGAAAUAAUGGAAAAACAGCUGAGCCAUUGAAGGAGCAACAGCCAAGAAGGGCUCAUCAAGAUCUCUCCAUUAACACAGUUUUAGAUCCUUCAUCAUAUGAACCCAAAAGUAAAGAGGCGGGAAUUUCUACUCCUAAGACAGCCGAACUGACGAUUUUCUACUCGGGUCGAGUGUUGGUGUUUGAAGAUUAUCCAGCCGAAAAGGCCCAAGAACUCGUGGCCUUUGCCAAAAAGCAGAGCUCACAAGUGUCGAACGGCAUUUUAUCAGACACCGUGCAAGAAAAUGCGGGCCCAUCUGGCAGCCAAUGGGCCUUGAACUCUAGCCCGCGAGAAGGGCUUCCGCCGAGACCACCACCUACUGGUUCUCAUAAGGCUGUGGGUAUUGCAUUGAACACUUGUGAGGUACAAACGAACGAUGCAGUUAGAGUAGAACAACAGCAGGCUACUGCAAACGGUUCAGUCAUGGAGGUGGAGAUGGAGACUUCUCCCAGCUAUUUCGAUCCAGAGGAUCUCAGCGAUAGAGAGCGCUUUCGUAGAUACGGGAAAAGGCAUCCCAGCUCAAGCCUAUCUCCACAUUAUGAUAACUCGGCAUCAAGAUUCAGUAAUGCUGCACUUUUUCUUGAAAAUAUCAAACAUGAGGUUGAGAACUUUGAUGCAGAUAUUGGGGGAACAUCUUAUGAAUCUGGAUCCAAGAGGCGAGCAUCCAUUUAUAGCGAUGCCGAGACAAUACGCAGGCGGGGAAGUGAAUCCUUAAAGGUCUGUAAGCAGGAAGAGCAUGAGCAAAGUGAAAGUGUUGAUACUACUUUCUCCUUAUUUGCUUCUCUCCUGGAUUCAUGUCUUCAAGGAUUGAUGCCCAUCCCUGAUCUGAUACUCCACUUUGAGAAUUCAUGUCGUAAUGUUUCAGAGUCAAUUAGAUUUGGUGCCAACGAGAGGUACAGAAUUGUUGAAGAUAAAUUGAUGAGGCAGAGAGCUCGGUUCUUGCUUGAUGAAGCUGCUUCGUGGUCUCUUCUGUGGUAUCUGUACGGGAAAGGUGAUUUGCAUUUCCCGACGACUUCUCAUUUGGAGGCCUGCCAAUUUGUUACAAAAGAUCAUAAUGCACAAUUAUGUCUGAGGAUUGUUCAAUGGCUUGAAGGAUUAGCUUCCAAAGCGCUUGAUUUGGAUAAUAAGGUCAGAGGGUCACAUGUUGGUACUUACCUCCCAAGCUCUGGGGUUUGGCAUCACACUCAAAGACAUCUCAAAAGAGGUGCCUCAAAUACAAAGACAAUUAAACAUUUGGAUUUUGAUGCUCCUACACGUGAACAUUCUCAUCAGCUGCCUGAUGAUAAAAAACAAGAUGAAUCUCUUUUAGAAGAUAUCUGGACUCUUCUGAGAGCUGGGAGAUUAGAAGAGGCAUGUAGUCUUUGCAGGUCUGCUGGUCAGCCCUGGAGAGCUUCGAGUUUAUGUCCCUUCGGGGGACUCAAUUUAUUCCCAUCAAUCGAAGCUGUGGAGAAAAAUGGCAAGAAUAGAAUGUUACAGGCCAUUGAAUUGGAAAGUGGAAUUGGUCAUCAAUGGCGUCUUUGGAGAUGGGCCUCCUAUUGUGCAUCCGAAAAAAUUGCUGAAGAAGAUGGUGGGAAGUAUGAAAGAGCGGUAUAUGCGGCCCAAUCCAGCAACCUGAAGCGCCUUCUUCCAGUUUGUUCCGACUGGGAAUCUGCAUGCUGGGCACUGGCAAAGUCUUGGCUUGACGUACAAGUUGAUAUAGAAAUAGCUCGCAUGCGAUCAGACAGAACUGAUCUGUUCAAGAAUCUUGAAGAAGCAAUGGAGAGAAGUCCAGGGCAAAAGGAUCUUGUGUCUCAGCAAAGUAGUGGACCAGAUACAUGGCCACUUAAGGUUCUGAGUCAGCAACCAAGGGAUCUUACUUCUCUUCUUCAGAAGCUUCAUUCAAGUGACGCUGUGAAUGAAGCUGUUACUCGAGCAUGCAAGGAGCAACAUAGGCAAAUUGAGAUGAAUCUUAUGCUAGGAAACAUACCUCAUUUACUGGACCUCAUCUUUUCAUGGAUAUCACCUUCAGAGGAUGAUGGAGAUAUUUUCAGACCUCAUGGCGACCCUCAGAUGAUGCGGUUUGGUGCACACUUGGUGCUGGUACUUAGAUACUUGCUUGCAGAUCAAAUGCAAGAUACUUUCAGAGAGAAGAUAAUGACAAUUGGUGAUUUCAUCAUUCACAUGUAUGCAAUGUUUCUUUUCACUAAGCAGCACGAGGAGUUGGUAGGAGUCUAUGCUUCGCAGCUUGCUCGCCAUCGUUGUGUAGAUCUCUUUGUCCAUAUGAUGGAGCUCAGACUCAACAGCAGUGCGCAUGUGAGAUACAAGAUCUUUGUGUCAGCUAUUGAAUAUUUGCCCUUUUCUUCUGAAGAUGACUCCAAAGGCAGUUUUGAAGAAAUCAUUGAGAGAAUUUUGUCAAGAUCUAGAGAAGUUAGUUUUGGUAAACAUGAAAAGUCAUCGGAUGUUGCGGAGCAACAUCGUUUGCAGAGCCUACAGAAAGCUAUGGUUAUCCAGUGGCUAUGCUUUACACCUCCUUCUACAAUUAAUGAUGCCCGAGCUGUUACUCGGAAACUCGUUCUCCGUGCAUUGAUGCAUAGCAAUUUACUUUUUCGGGAAUUCGCCCUUAUUUCAAUGUGGAGGGUGCCUGCAGUACCCGUUGGUGCUCACACAGUGCUUAGUUUACUUGCGGAGCCUUUGAAACAUCUAACAGAAGUUCUUAUUUCCUCUGAAGAUCAUGAAGUUUCAGAAAAUUUGAGGGAGUUUCAGGACUGGAGCGAGUACUACUCUUGUGAUGCAAAAUAUCGCAACUGGCUGAAAGUUGAACUAGCAAAUGCAGAAGUUUCACCUGGUAAACUUUCAGAGGAGGAAAGACAAAGGAAAUUUACAGCAGCUAGAGAAACUCUUGAAUCUUCUUUGCUAUUGCUACAAAGAAAAGAGAAUUCUUGGCUGGUUCCAACUCAAGAUCAUGUUCAUGAAUCUGAAGAACCUGUUUACCUGGAAGUGCAUGCUACAGCUGUCCUGUCUCUUCCUUCUGGAGAGCUACCUCGAUUUAAAGCUGGAGUGACCAUGGAGAUUUCUCGAUUGGAUGCUUGGUAUUCAAGCAGUGAUGGGUCUCUCGAAGGUUCUGCAACAUAUAUAGUUUGCGGCCUUUGUCGGAAAUGUUGCAUUCCGGAAAUUUUCCUUCGGUGCAUGCAGGUCUCUGUGUCACUGAUGGAGUCUGGCUAUCGACCAGAGAGGCAUCACGAAUUAAUUGAACUGGUCAAUUCUCCUGAAACUGAUUUUCUUAGUUUAUUCAGCCAGAAUCAAUUGCAGGAAUUCCUACUGUUCGAGCGAGACUAUACACUAUACGAGACGAACCUUGAAGAGGGGCCAAAUUCUUGA